AGGUCGAAAAGUUGCUCAGAAGUGUGACGUCUCUACGUGUCCAAAGGCUUCAACAAGGACGAUGCUCCCCUCCACGAGAUCAACGGUGACCAUUUAAAGAUCUGUCCCCAGGGUUAUACCUGCUGCUCUCAAGAGAUGGAGGAAAAGUACAGCCUGCAAAGUACAGAGGAUUUCAAAAGUGUGGUCGGCGAACAAUGCGAUCAAUUGGAAGCUGUCUUUGCUUCCCAGUACACAAAGUUUGAUGAAUUCUUCAAAGAACUACUUGAAAAUGCAGACAAAUCCCUGGAUGAUGUGUUUGUGAAGAUAUAUGGCCAUUUACACAUGGAAAAUUCUGAGCUAUUUAAAGACUUCUUCGUAGAGUUGAAGCGCUACUACAUGGCGGGAAACGUGAACCUGGAAGAAAUGCUAAAUGACUUCUGGGCUCACCUGCUGGAGCGGAUGUUCCGCCUGGUGAACUCCCAGUACUCCUUUACAGAUGAGUAUCUGGAAUGUGUGAGCAAAUAUACUGAGCAGCUGAAGCCCUUGGGAGAUGUCCCUCGGAAAUUGAAGCUGCAGGUUACUCGUGCAUUUGUACCAGCCCGUACUUUUGUUCAAGGCUUAGCGGUUGCAAGAGAUGUAGUGAGCAAAGUCUCAGUGGUAAAUCCGACAGCCCGGCGUGCCGACGCCCUGUUGAAGAUGAUCUACUGCUCCCAUUGCCAGGGUCUCGUGACUGUGAAGCCAUGUUACAACUACUGCUCGAACAUCAGGAGAGACUGUUUGGCGUACCAAGGGGAUGUCAAUUCGGAGUGGAACAGUUUCAUAGAUGCUAUGCUGAUGGUGGCAGAGAGGCUACAGGGUCCUUUCAAUGUUGAAUGGGUCAUGCAGCCCAUCGAUAUGAAGAUUUCUGAUGCUAUCAUGAACAUGCAGGAUAACAGUACGCAAGUAUCUCAGAAGGUUUUCCAGGGAUGUGGACCCCCCAAGCCCGCCUCAGCUGGACGAAUUUCUCGUGACGUCUCUGAAAUUGUCUUCAGCGCUUGCUUCAGACCACAUCACCCCGAGGAAUGCCCAACCACAGCGGCAGGCACUAGUUUGGACCGACUUGUUACUGAUGUCAAGGAGAAACUAAAACAGGCCAAGAAGUUCUGGUCCUCUCUUCCGAGCAACGUUUGCAAUGAUGAGAGGAUGGCUGCAGGAAAUGGCAAUGAGGAUGACUGCUGGAACGGAAAAGCCAAAAGCAGGUACCUGUUUGCAGUGACAGGAAAUGGAGAAAGCAACCAGAUCGACAACCCAGAGGUCGAGGUUGACAGUAGCAAACAGGACAUACUGAUCCUUCGUCAAAUCAUGGCCCUCCGGGUUAUGAGCAGUAUUAAGAAUGCUUACAAUGGGAACGACGUGGACUUCUUUGACAUUAGUGAUGAAAAUAGUGGAGAAGGAAGUGGAAGUCGAUGUGAGAAUCUGCGGUGCUUCCCGAAGUUUGAGUACAACGCCAGGGACCACACCGGGAAGAGUGCCAACGACAAAGCCCACAGUGCUGGUGCCCAUCCUGGGGCACAGCCCUGCCUCCUCACUGUCUUCUGCAUCUUGUUCCUGGUUACGCAGAGAGAGUGGAGAUAA